ACAAAGGGUCCGGAUGACAAGUACGUAAGCCUUGAGGAAUGUGUUGGGAAAGAAACAACUGAUGACCACCGUCCAUCUCUACAAGGGAAGGUUUUGCCGACAGAAGCAGACAAAAAAAAACAAGUCCCAUCUUAAUGCAGCCCAAGUUAGAGACUUCAUUGUUUGCCAGGAGUGUCGAAAAAGGCGGGUGGUGUACUGCAGCCACAAGAUGUCUGCAGCUCAGAAGACACAAUUGGCCCGGUUGCAAGAUUUAGAAGUUUACACAUGUGGGUCGUCCCUUUUUCCAUCAUUUCAUCCACUCCAUGGAGAGGUCUUUGUCAGAGAAGCGUUAGUCUGCAAUAUGGAGAUAGAGACAUCCUAUUACUCUGCUGUGACCAAGAAGUUCCAGAAGAUCUGUUUCUUCUGCGGAGACACAGACAUAUUAGGGGCCGAGGAUGAACCGAUAUUGUCAUUGCUCAAACAGUACAGCAUUGUGAGGCCGAUCUGCCGGGGAUGUUUGGAGCAAGGGAAAAAACCUGCGACAAGGAACAGUUUGAAAUUAAAAAAAACAACAGAUAAACAUUCUACACAUGAUGAUGGAAACUGA